AUGUCGGGGCCCCAGACUUGGGCAGGAGACUGGAUCCGGGAGGAGCAGGAGCCCAAUGACCCCGCAAUGAUCCCGCCCGCACAGCCCGACACUGCGGAGCCGCAAACUGGAGGGACCUGCCGGGAACACGGGGGGCAACUGCUCUGGUUCUGUUUCCCGGACAACAAACUCAUCUGCCCCCAGUGCCGGAGCCGCUGCCUCAACCACAGAACUGUCCCCUUGGCGGAGAGAGCCGCCCACAUCCGGAACAAGAUGGUGGACCGGUGUGAGAAACUGCAACUGCAGACGGCUGGGAUAGAAAAGUACUUGGGGGAGACCCUACCCGCAAAGACCCCACGUGUUGCGGCGACAGCCAGAGAGGCCCGGGAGCUGGUGAUCCAGAGACUGAACCUGAUCAGGUCGGUGUGUGACAAUGAGGAGCAGCGGCUGCUGGAAGAGAUCCAUGCGGAGGAAGAGAGAGCCCAGCAGGGAAUCCUCACCCAACGUGCCCACUGGAGCCAAGCGGCCCACAAACUCUCCAACAUUAGGUCCUACCUGGUGGACACACUGACCGAGCUCGAUGACCUCAGCCUCGUUAAUUCGGAUGAAGCCAUAGAAGAGAGGACAGAGGAAGCAGAAGGAAUCUUAGAGCCGCAGGAUUCGGACAAGUUAAACUUUAACCCAAACUGCGUCCAGAGUCCAAUGCUGAACAGACUGUGGGCUUCCUCCAUGUUCUGCUGCAGCACAGUGUGUGAGGACCUGGCGUUUAAUAUGAAGACCACGGGGCCCCUGUUGGCGCUGACAGAGGACAAGAUGCUGCGGUUUCUCCAGAAAAAGCCCAAGAACUAUUCCGACGAGCCGGAACGCUUUAACCACUGGCCCAACUGCUUGGCUAACAAGUCGUUCCAAGGUGGCACCCACGCAUGGAAAGUGAACGUGGAAAAAAGUGGCGCCUACAAACUGGGCGUGGCCUACUGGUCCAUGGCACGCAAGGGCUCGGGAAAUGACUCCCGACUGGGGUACAACCCAAACUCCUGGGUAUUUUCCCGAUACGACAAGGACUUCUGCUUCUCCCACAAUUCUGAGCAUCAGACGGUGGAACUGCUCAGAAGCCCCAAACAAAUCGGGGUUGUGCUGGAUUUCGACCUGGGGGAACUCAUCUUUUACGACCCCAUCGCUUGCGUUAUUCUCUAUACCCACCAGACCAGGUUCCGACACCCCGUUUUCCCUGUCUUUGCUGUUGCAGACGAGACCAUAGCCCUCAUACAGUGAGACUAAAGGGGAACUUUUACUAUUUAUAUGCAAAGGAAUAUUUUCCCAACAGAAACUGCCCAAAUAAUAGUGUUACAUAGAAACAUCUUGGCUUAGCAGCAUCUGUACCCCAACAUCUCUGCACCACUUGUUUGGACUCUGUACAACAACCUUCUACUACAGCAGUGACAUCACAGGACUUUCUGUUUAUUCUCUGUUACCCACAUUUGUACUGUAUUUAAUUUGUACUAUAAAUUAUUGUCACCUC